AUGAGCCUGAUGCCCAGGGGAGAGGUCAGGUAUGUGCACAUCGAUAUUUAUCCGCUGUUCUACCCCGCUGCACGCUCCGUGAAGGUUGUAGACUCGUACAAGGAACCGCCAAAUUUCGAUCUCGUGUCUUCAAAAGCCUUCCUAUGCGGGGCAGACGAGUUGAUCCGGCUGGUCCAGGCUCACGUUCGCGAUGAGUAUGCAGCCAAACUGGCGGCGUGUGGGCAGGAAUAUGAGCAGCUCCAGCAACAGACUACAGCAGCUCUUGCGGCGGCCAACACCCGUGCAGAUUUGGCCGAGGCGCAAGGGCGAAUCAGCGUCUUGGAAGCAGAGGCUGAGUCCGCGGCUGCGGCCGCAGAGGUGAGGAAGCUCCAGGAAGUACUGAUGGCUCGUGAGCGAGAGGUCCAGGAAUGGAAGGACCGUUGUGACGCACUCGAGGCCCAGAUUAGAAUGAAGACGGAAAGUGAACGGGACAUGCUCAACUGGAAGGAACGCUGUGCCGCACUGGAAGGCGAGCAUGAUCGGGUGGUAUCCGUUGCGCGGGCGGAGAACCAGCUCCUUCGCGAGCGCAUUUCCUCACUUGAGGCGGACCUGUCGAGUCUGCGACCGACGUCGGCCUUCGUCCACGACGACUACAACGACAAGGACGAUUGUCUUAUGUUUGAUGCCAACGACCAAGGGCUCUUCGACUCGAGCGGCUCAUACGUAAGGAAACAACUAUUGCUUUCACCCGACUCGUUUUCUGACGAUGCAUCACUGGAAGUCCAGCACGAAAAAGCAGGACCAGAGUGCGUGAUGACCCAGGCGCUCUUCCACGAGUUCAUCGACAACGAGACCUUCCUCGAGCCCGCCAACGAUGCAACGCACGAGCCGCUGUGCAGGGCGUCACCAAGGGCAGCGGACUGCGCGGCGCCCGACUCGUUCUACCCGCUGUCCGGGACAACCGCUGUGUCCACCCCUCCCCCGCAUCCCGCCGCCGCUUCCUCUCCGCCCGCGAAGUCUAUAUCACCCGAAAUCAAAAAUCGCCGGUCCAGCGUAGCGCAGCACCACCCUUCGACGAGCGCGCGACAGCUCGUCUUCCGCUCGCCUCUACAAGCGUACAAGUUCAGACGGCCGUCCAACAAACUGCGCGCGUCUCCUAUGGACGAACAUGAGUCCGAAAACGGUUUCUACGUUCGCGGCUAA